AUUCUAAUAUGACUUUAUGUUUAUUUAAUCAAUACAAUAAUGAGUUUUGUGAAGAUAGACAAACAAUUAUGGAACAGAAACUCAUCUAUGGAAAAUUACAUGGAAUGUAUAAAAAAGUGUUAAACAAGGUUUUAGGAUCUAAUUCUAAAUCAGAACAGCUUAUCAAUCUGUUACAAGAAUUCAUGGAAGAUGGGGAAUCAGAUUUCGAAGAGUUGAAUGAAAUUAAUGAAAUUAAUCCAGAGGAUGAAAUAAGUGAUUAAGAAAAUGUUGAUCCUUUAACGCCAACAUUGCGAAAUCCGAAGAAAAGAUGUGGUAAAGGACGACCAUUGGGUACUAAAAGGUUCAAGUCAUCCACUGAGGCUCCUAAACCUAAGUCAAGAAACCAACGACAUUGCAGAAAAUGUGGAAAGGUUGGCCACUAUCAAAAAAAUUGCAAGGUACUAUAUCAUCAGAGUAUGUAAAUAUUAUGGUUUCUUACGCAAGUUACAUUAAAUUUUAUUUCUAUAACUAGGAACAAGAAAUUUAACAUCCGUAUGUGAAAGUUGGUCGGGAAUAAUUAAUUAGAAUGCAUGAAUAGAAAUAAUGUAUCAAUAGAAAAAAUGUAUUAAUUGAAAGAAUGUAUCGU